AGCCUUUGAGGGGAAAAAAGGACAAGACCCAGAGACCCCCCCCACCUCGAAGUUCAGCAAGAUUGCAGACCUGCUCUCAGUUUCCCUGCACCUCCUCCUCUUCUUCAAAUCGGUUGCUCCUGUGACCUUCCGUCACCACCGCUGCAAUGAUCUGGUGCGGACGCUGUACAAGGUGCACAACCAAUGCCCCGACAUCACGCGGGUCUACAGCAUCGGGCGUAGUGUGAAGGGGAGGCACCUCUAUGUGCUGGAAUUCAGCGACUGCCCUGGAAGCCACGAGCCCUUGGAACCAGAAGUCAAGUACGUGGGAAACAUGCAUGGCAAUGAGGUGCUGGGCCGGGAGCUACUGCUGCAGCUGUCUGAGUUCCUCUGCGAAGAGUUCCGGAAUCGGAACCAGCGCAUCCUCCGCCUCAUCCAGGAUACUCACAUUCACAUCCUGCCUUCCAUGAAUCCUGAUGGCUACGAGGUAGCUGCGGCCCAGGGCCCAAAUACACCUGGGUACCUGGUUGGCAGGAACAAUGCCAAUGGGGUGGAUCUGAACCGGAACUUCCCCGAUCUCAAUACCUACUUCUACUACAACGAGCAGCGUGGAGGCCCCAACCACCACUUACCCCUCCCAGACAACUGGAAAAGUCAGGUAGGUGAUGAAAAUUGGCAACAGAAGCAGGUAAACCAACAUCUGGAAUUGCUUGCAGGUGCUAAGCAGUCUUCACAUCAACAAAACGAGUGAAAACUAGGCAUCAGCUCACCUCUCUGUUACUCUGCCUAGAGCAAGAAUAGUUGUUCUGGGGCUGGAAAGAUGGCUCAGCGGACCCA